UCUUCCAGAGUUUUGAUAUUUUUGGAUUUGGUGGUGGUUCCAAGCCAAACCAGCCAACAUGGGAAAUGGACUCUGUGUGGAGACUGGCAGUUCUAUGACAGUGUUUGACUGGCUCGACCACGUGCUCGGGACAGUUGGACACACCAUAGGACUGAAGUCUGUGUAUGAUGAUGAUUUCAUCGACCGCUUAAGUCACUAUUAUACAGUGAUAAUUCUUAUAAUAUUUACUGUUAUAGUAAGUACUAACCAGUAUGUGGGGGAUCCUAUUGAGUGUUGGUGCCCAGCAGACUUUACAGAAAAUCGGGUGGAAUAUACAAAUUUUGUCUGCUGGGUGUCAAAUACGUACUACAUCCCGAUGCAGCAUCAGAUCCCUGUUGAAAUCGAAGGUCGCCGCCAGAAGGAGCUCACUUACUACCAGUGGAUACCAAUGAUCUUACUCACCAUGGCGCUUCUCUUCAAAAUUCCCCGGAUGGUCUACAAAGUGUUUUCGGCAGCUUCCGGUAUAAGUUUGGAUCGACUGUGUACCCUGGCAAAGGAAACGCAGUAUGCUAAUCCAGAAGACAGAGAGAAGAAAUUGUCAUAUAUCGUGAAAUAUCUUGACCAGUGGAUUGAAGGGGUUACUCAGUACAGAGCUGGCAUGUGUGUCCGAUUUCGUCAGAGGGUUGGCCAGGUAUGUUGCUUCCUGUGUGGACGUCACUAUGGAAACUACCUCGUGACUGCAGUGAUGGCGGUAAAACUCCUUUACCUCGCUAAUGCUAUAGGACAGCUGUUUCUGCUAAACGCGUUUUUGGGUACGAGCUAUAAUGUUUAUGGUUUUGAGGUGUUAAGCAACCUUGUCAAUGGCGAUGAUUGGACUUACUCUCCACGUUUCCCACGUGUGACCUUGUGUGACUUUGAAAUUCGUCAGAUGACGAAUCUGCAACGAUGGACAGUACAGUGUGUGCUGCCAAUCAAUCUCUUUAACGAGAAAAUCUUCAUCUUCAUGUGGUUUUGGAUAGUAUUGGUAGGAGCGUUAUCGGCUUUUUCAUUUGUCAUAAACAUUUACUCUGUCAUCUUUCCUCAACAUCGGCGAUCAUAUCUUCGGAAAUAUCUACGAUUAAAUGACAUGUACAAAAAAUCUGAACUCGACAAAAAGGUCGUGAGAAAAUUUGUUGAAUCCUAUUUACAACAAGAUGGUGUGUUUGUUUUACGUGCAGUUAGUAACAAUGCCAACGAUGUAAUUGCUUCUGAACUCAUCAAGUUACUUUACAUCAACUUCAGAGAAAAAAUGGCAAAACAACGAAAUUCUGUAGAGGAACACAGCAAUGUAUGACCUGUUGUAGACUCUCGUUAUUCUUCAUGACCCCAUUGUAUAUAAAUAUAUAUAUGGAUUCUUAAU